AUGCCGGCCAACAACCAGAAACCGGCUUCCCAAACGCCGGCAUCGCCUCGAAAUACUGCAAAAUACACCAACAAGGAUGGCUCCAAGUUCAUCACCGUACCUAAAGGGUCUCCCUCCGAGUCGUCGCUCCCCCCGACCCCCACAACUACCAAAGCCAGCGCCCCCCCACCAGAUGCUAGCAAUGGUCCUGCUCCUACUAUCAACCGCAAGAAGCAGAAGCGUCGGCAGAAGGCCGCUGCGAAACUUGCCCUGCAGCAGCAGACUGCUAAUGGACACGAUGCAGCAUCUGGAGCUGGUUCGGCUGCGGGAUCGACGUUGGGCCGCGGCCCCGCUGACCAUGAAGAAGUCGAGAGCGAUGAUGAGCACGAGUAUGUCCUGGCAAGCGAAGUAUCAGGGCCGACUAGCAACGGCCAUCCGCUCCCGGAUUCCAAGUCCAAGAAGAAAAACAAGAAGAAGAAGAAGGGAGGCGCAGCAAGCAACGACUCUCCACAAUUGGCGGCCGAUCGAAACCCUCCAUCGCAGCCUAACAUGUCGCGAGGUUCUGGCAUGUCUCGCGACAAGAUUUGGAGCACUAGUAACCAGGAGGAGCGAGAACGCAUCAAGGAGUUCUGGCUUGGAUUGGGUGAAGAUGAGCGGAAAUCCUUGGUCAAGGUGGAGAAGGACGCUGUCCUGAAGAAGAUGAAGGAACAGCAGAAGCACACCUGCAGUUGUACCGUCUGCGGUAGAAAGCGCAACGCGAUCGAGGAAGAGCUAGAGGGUCUGUACGAUGCCUACUACCUGGAGCUGGAGCAGUUCGCGAACCAAGGCGAGGCGCCUACCAUGCUGCCUACACCCCGCGACUUCUCCCUACGGCCACCUCGAGGGCUGCCAUCGAGCUACGGCAAUCCACCGCCAUCCCGCGGGCGGAUAGUUGAACAUGUUGGCGAUGACGAGGAUGAGGACGACCUAGAGGAGGUUUAUAGCGAAGACGGAGUGGAGGACGAUGACUAUAGCGACGACGAACCUCCCGAAGAAUUCCACAAUCCACACGAUCGAGACGUCGCCGAUUUCUUGACGUUUGGCAACAGCCUUCAAGUCAAGGGUACGCAGCUUCUUGAAUCACUUCUCCACAGAUAUGGUAACAUGGACUUAGGUGGCAUUCUCACCGUGGCGGAUGAUCUCCUCAAGAACGACGGCAAGCGAUUCAUCGAGAUGAUGGAGCAGCUCGCGGAGCGUCGGAUGGCCAGGGAAGAGGAUGCUCGCGAGCACUUCUCUCGCGGCUAUGGCGGUCACCCCAAUGGCUCAUACUCCAAUCCUCAUAACCAUCCUCCUCCCGACGACGACGAAUAUGAUGACGAAGAAGACGAGGAAGAGGACUAUGACGAUAGCCAAGACGAGGAGUAUGAGGAUGAAGAGGUAUACUCGAACCCCUCUGUGAUGCCACCCCAGUCCCAUACUGAGUGUUGCUGCCAGGACCAGAUGACGGAGGAGCAACGGAUGGAAGAAGGCCGUCGGAUGUUCCAGAUCUUUGCCGCUCGCAUGUUUGAGCAGCGCGUGCUCUCAGCCUACAAGGAAAAAGUGGCCAAGGAACGCCAGCAGAAACUCCUCGAGGAGCUGGAGGACGAGAACCGCCUAGUCGAACAACAAAAGGCCAAGAAAGCUAAGAACGCCCAGAAGAAGAAGGACAAGGCUGCUCAAAAGAAGCAGGCUCAGGCUGAGGAGCGGGCGCGCAAGGAAGCUGAGAAGGCUGCAGAAGAGGCUGCACGACAAGAAGCCGAGAAGCAACGGAUUGCUCAGCAGAAGGCAAGGAGCGAGGAGAAGCGAAAGCAAAAGGAGGCUUACAAGAAGGCGGAAGAGGAGGCUCGUCUACGGAAAGAGGCGGAGCGACAACGGCAGCGCGAAAAGCAGGCCGAACAAGAGCGCAAAGCCCGUGAAGCUAAGGAAAAGGAGAAGAAGCUGAAGGAAGAACAGCGACAGCGGGAGAAAGAGGCUCGAGAGCAAAAGGAGCGCGAGGCCCAAGAGCGAAAGGACAAGCAGGACCGCGACAAGCGGGAGAAGGAAGCCCGAGCUGCCAAGGCCCAGAAGGAAGCCCAAGCUGCUCGUGAGGCCAAGGAGAAGCUUAAGGAGGAAAAGGCGGCAGCUCACAAGGCGGCCACCCAAGCAUCACAGCCUCUCCAAAUCCCCAAGCGCGGACAGCAACACCCAGUCUCGAUACCGACCGCCCUGCCGCAACAUCCUCCUAACCCCAACAGCUACGCAUCGCCUAAGAUACCGGUUGCGACACCUGUGAUUCCCAAAGCGCCGACUCCUAUGCGACCCAGGACAAUGUCGCAGCAACAGGACACGGCACCGACAAGCUCAUCUGCGUCUCAGUCUGCUUCUGCUACUAGUCAGAACCCUUCGCCUCACUCAUUGACACCAGCUCACAUGAGCCCGGGCCCGAUAGGGCAGCGCAAGAGUAGCGCAAGCACGACAGCAACAACGUCGCAGCAUUCCCACUCGGUAUCGCCUACGAAUGCCCAGUCUAGGAUUGCUAGUCAACCCAUUGGCUUCCAGAUGCCUCCCAUGGGAAUUCAGCCUCCUCCAGGAUUGACUCAUGCACCACCAGGUUUCCCGAACCGUAUACCCCACGAGGCCAUGUUCCCUCCAGGUUUCAGACAUAGUCCUAAUGUGAUGAUGCCUCCUCCUGGCAUACACGGCGCGCCCGGUCGUGGAUUCCCACCAGCGUCUAUGCCGCCCCCGGGAUUCCACCAAGCCGGCGAUCAGUUCGGAAUGGGUGGUUUCCCCAUGCCCAAGGACGUCCCCCCGCCAGUGCACACCCGCCAGAGCUCUGGACAGUUCGAUAUUCCGCCUCCAACGGCGCAGCCUAUUGGACGGCCUGCUCCUAUUGGACGUCCUGGGAGUGUCAGCAUGGGAAGAAUGCCUGAUGAUCUCGAUGAUGAGACUACUCAUCUGGGAAGUCGGGCGCUUCUUGAAGACGACGAACCGCUUGCCUCUGAUGUGAACCCGGCAAGUCUGCGAAACCAGCCUCCGGGCUUUCCCACAGGUCCCUUCAUGCCCUCAGGGUAUCCCAUGGCGCAUAACCCCUGGGGACCUCCUGCUGGCGGCACGUUUCCUCCUCCUGGAUUCGGAAACCCGGGCUGGGGCGCGCCAAGUGCGCCUCCGGGUUUCGGCAUGGGAUCUCCGGUUCCCUCGAUGAGUGCCAUCCGCAGUACGGCUCCGGCUCGGCAUGUCGCUGUUCGACAGAUGCUCUGCCAAGCCUGUAAGGCUCUGGGUGGCUCAGGUGACUCGGAAGGCUUCAUUGAUUUGUCAACCAUCAAGUCGCAGAUUGAUGAUAUGACGGGUGACAAUAUCUCGGAAAUUGAUCUGCUGAACUUGUGCGAGACGGAGGGAAGCCCGUCCAACGGAGGUGGUGCUUUUGACCUCAAACGGGAUGUUGACGGUUCUGGAAAACACCGGGUACGAUGGCAGCCGGAUCCAAGCGACGGAUUCAAUCCUCAGUAUCGAGCCGUUGGCGCACCGGGUGAAAUUGGCAGUCCAUUGAUGGGCCAUGUGUCACAGCAUGUGCCGCAGCGAGGGUCCUAG